AUGUCACAACAGAUCUUUCUUCAUACCGGAGACGAGUUCAAACCUGAUUCAUUACCAUGUGGAGAUUACUGUACCAUCACCCCAUUGAAUUACGAUGACAGUAAGGCAACUCCAGAAUAUCUUAAAGUAACCAAAAAGGCUUUUGAAGUGUGGAGUAACAGUUCAAAGUUUAAAUUUGAAUUAAUACACAAAAUACGGCCUUAUGCUCCCGAUAUAUCUAUUACAGUUGUACGGGGAAAGCACUAUUUUCGAGCAAAUUGCCAAGGUAGAGGUGAGUGCUCCAGUACAUUUGAUGGUCCCGGUAAGGUGUUGGCACAUGCUUAUUUCCCAAAAAGCAACAGUUGUAUAGAGCUUCAUAUUGAUGCUGAUGAGAAGUGGGAUUUAAGUUUGGAUGGAUCAAGUUCAGAAGAUCAGACUAGCCUACUUAUGGUAUUAAUUCAUGAAAUUGGGCAUAUUUUAGGAAUUGCUCACAGUGAUAUUGAGACAGCAAUAAUGUAUCCAUGGUAUCAAUUCAACAUUGCUCCUAAAUUGGAUGAGGAUGAUAAAAUGGCCCUUGAAGCUCUUUAUGGACCAAUCAAUAGAUAUGUAAAUAAUCCUUUCAAACCCACAUCAGCGCUGCCACCGACUACAAAGACACUUGCACAUCAACCAAAUGAAUCGGAUAAAAAUUUAUGCGACAUAAUACCGGAGUAUAUGUUCAUUGCCAUGACUGAGAGAAAACCAAUAACAAAAAUACAAGAUCUACCUUUGAAUACUCUGAGGGCUAUAAAGAAGGCAAAAAUAGUCAAUUCCAAAUUCGGAGAAUCAGUUUUAUUGGAUUUAGAUACAGAAGUAGUGUUUUUACCGCAAAGAGUCACAAGUGUCUACAAACCAGUCAUUGAAGAAUUUGAAAAGGAAAAAUACGGAAUUAUAUUCAAGGGAUUAGUGGAUGUUGGAAAAAAUCAACGGCUAGCGUCAUUUGAAAUUGAGGAACUAUAG